AUGGACCUGUUCCACCGACUGACUCCAUCCCAAAUCUUCGAUCUCCUGGACAAGGUGAGAAGGCCAGGUCUUUCCAACGUUCUGGAUCCCUCCGUUUUGAGUGGCCUUCUCGAAGCUUAUGUUCCUCCUCCCAGGAAAAUCGUGGUGCGAAACUGGUUUGCGAUCAUCCUGUCCUCUAUACUUUUUAUUUACUUGAGUAUUUCCUUGAUCCUCUCCUUCACUCGCAGUGCGAAAUAUCCUCAAGAGAAAAGAAACCAAUUACCUCCCUACCGACAAAACGAGCCCGAAACCAACAUCACUACCCGUUUUAGCGACGUGGUCGGUAUCGAAGACAACAUCGAAGAGCUCAAAAUCAUCGUCAACUAUCUCCGCGAUCCCUCUGCUUUCAGCUCUUUGGGAGCCACCGCGCCGCACGGCGUGCUUCUCACCGGGCCUCCGGGCACCGGCAAAACCCUCAUGGCGCGAGCCGUCGCCGGCGAAGCGGGCGUUCCCUUCUUCUUCGUGUCAGCCUCCGAGUUUGAAGACAUUUUCGUGGGCAUGGGAGCGAGGCGCGUCCGCGAACUCUUUAAUGUGGCCCGGCGAUCGGCGCCCUGUAUCAUCUUCAUCGACGAAAUCGACUCUCUCGAGAAUCGCAGCACGCUGAACUUCGGCUCGGGCAGUUCCUACCAGACCGUGAAUCAGCUGCUCAACGAGAUCGGAGGGUUCCACGGGAAUGAGGGCAUUCUGGUGAUGGCGGCGACGAACUUCGCCGAGCAGCUGGACCCCGCUUUGACCCGCGCCGGGCGCUUCGAUGUGAAGAUCCAAACCACGCUUCCCAAGUUCGAAGAUCGACUGAAGCUGAUUCAAAUGAAGACGCGGAAAAUGCUGUUUGCGUCUGAUGUGGAUUUGGAGCGACUGGCCACGCAGCUGGUCGGUUGCAGCGGCGCAGAGAUCGACACGCUGCUCCGAAUCACAGCGAUGCGCGUGCUGGCCGAUGGGCGGUUCCAGAUCACGUGGGAUGAUUUGGAUCAGAGCCGUGAUCGGGUUUUGAUGGGUGUGAAGAAGCAGAAAAUCAAGAGUGAUUUGGUGAAUUGGAACACUGCAGUGCACGAAUCGGGCCACGCAUUGCUGUCUUUCCUCACGCCCGAUUACCCCAAAGUCGAUAAAGUCACGAUUUUACCGCGGGGAAACGCACUGGGAUAUGUGUCGAAUCUGGCGGACGAGUCGGUUCUGUACAACGUCACGAAACAGGAUUUGAUCAAUCGGAUCGACGUCGCGUUGGCGGGUCGCGUAGCGGAAGAAGUUGUGUUUGGAAAGAAGGAAGUCACGACCGGCGCAUCGAACGAUCUCGAGAAGGCCACACGCAUUGUUCUCGCGAUGGUGUACAAUUAUGGACUCACCGACUGCGGACUUCGCUCGGAAGCUCCGGAAUCGGACGAGCACGAACCGAAUCUCCGUUUCUACAGCGAGGAAACAAUCGCAGCGAACGACCAAGCGGUGGAGAAGCUCUUGGAAGAACGCUAUCAGCAUGUGCAGAAGGUGGUGAAGCAGAACAAGCGGAAAUUACUUCGCCUGGCGAAGUCGCUACUGAAGUACGAGACGCUGUCUGGCGAGAACGCGAAGCGUGUAAUGGAGGGGAAGAAGCCGAUUUUGGGGAAACGAGAGAACACGAAGGAGAACAAGAAGUUUAUACAGUUGUAUCGAACGAUGUCGCUGGUCCACAUGUUCAUGCUCAGUGAUGGGGAGUUGGUGAAUCGCAUCAAAUUGAAAGAGGAGGAAAGUCAAUAUCAGGCUGUGAAGGAGAAUGUGAUGGCUUCGCAUGGAGCAACGCUCGAUUACCAGAUCCCGAUGUUCCGCAUGGCGGAUCUGUUUCAGAACCAGGAGUUCGCGGAGAUGGUGAAGAAGAAGUAUUGGGAAUUGUUGGAUGAGCGGUCGUUGAAGGAUAUCGAUUGGGAGGAACUGAGUGAGAAGUACAAGUAA